CAAUUCCCAUAGCUGAGUUACUGAUCGAAAUUGGAGGUUGAAGAAGAAAAAGAAUGAAGAGAAACCCUCCUCUUCCAUGAUCUCCCAAGAAGCUGGAACAGUGUUCGGAGUGAUGGCAUUCGCGAUUGAACCACACGCGCCAAUGGUGGAACACUAUGAAGGAAGCAAUGUCAUGCAUACAACGUUCGCUGGUUGAAGGGUCAGUCUUCAUACUCUUCUUGUGUUUCGGAUUUCAGUUUUCACCGCCAUGGUUUGGUACAGAAGGGGAAAGUUCGCUUUUGAUGGAUUUCGGAGCUUAACUUCCAGGGUUUCUCCUCACAAUCCAAUUUUUCGUUGUAAUUCGAGGAUUUGGCAAUCUGGGUAUUCGAAUUCACGUUCAAAAGGAGCUAUCUUUAAUGAGUUCUGUACGUUUUCUUCAAUUUCUCAGAGAUUAGGCACAAGAGCUGUGGGGUUUAACAGGAGGUUUUACUAUGUGGAUGCUUACAAUGUGCAGCAUUUCAAGCCAAGAGGGCCAAGACAUUGGUUACAGAAUCCUAGACAAGUUUUGAUUGUUGUGAUGGUUGGUUCAGGGGUUUUGAUCACUUUGUAUGCUGGGAGUUUGGAAACAGUUCCUUACACCAAGCGAACGCAUUGGAUUUUGAUGUCGAGACCUAUGGAGAGGAGGCUAGGGGAGAUGGAGUUUGAAAAGGUGAAGGCUGGUUUUAAGGGGAAGAUGUUGCCUCCUACACACCCUGAAAGUGUGAGGGUGAGGAUGAUAGCCCAAGAUGUCAUCAAUGCGUUGCGGAGAGGGUUGAGGAAGGAGAAUGUGUGGAGUGAUUUGGAGAAUGGAAGGAAGGCACUGCAUGUGUUGGCUGGUAAUGAAGGAAAGGUUGAAGGGAAGUGGCACAGAGAGGAUGAGAUUCUUGAUGACAAGUGGGUUCAGCAGAGCAGGAAAAAGGGUAAGGAACAAGGGAAAGAGCCUGACACAUCUCAUUUGGAUGGAUUGAAUUGGGAGGUUUUGGUGGUGAAUGAGCCUCUUGUUAAUGCCUUCUGCUUACCUGGUGGGAAGAUAGUUGUAUUUACUGGUUUGCUUCAGCAUUUUAGAAGUGAUGCCGAGAUAGCAACUAUUAUAGGACAUGAGGUUGGACAUGCUGUGGCACGACACAGUGCUGAGGGGGUUACAAAGAAUCUGUGGUUUUUCAUUCUGCAGUUAAUUCUUUAUCAAUUUGCCAGUCCUGAUGUUGUCAACACAGUGUCAUCGCUUUUAUUACGGCUACCUUUCUCCAGACGGAUGGAAAUGGAAGCUGACUACAUUGGGCUACUAUUGAUUGCAUCAGCUGGCUAUGAUCCCCGGGUGGCACCUAAAGUCUAUGAAAAAUUGGGAAGACUCACUGGCGAGUCUAUGCUUAUAGAUUACAUCUCUACUCAUCCAUCUGGAAGAAAGAGAGCAGCAUUGCUGGCACAAGCUAAGAUAAUGGAAGAAGCACUAACUAUUUUUAAAAAUGUUAGGGCAGGACGUGGGGUUGAAGGAUUUCUUUAGGACUGCAGCGUCACCGCCUCUACUAACUACAAUGCGACUGUUUCUUGAGCUUGUCUAGGAUGAAUUUUUUUUUUCAGUAUAAUUUUGUCAAUAUUUUCAACAAACUUUGUAUAUUUGUUUGUGUUCAACUGUUCAUGAUGUGGAUUAGCAUCCAUUAAACUGACAAUGCCCUCUUCACGCUUCUCUGAAUCUAAAGAUUCUGUUGUACAGGAUGCUUUUGUACAAGGAAAAAGGAAAAUGUAAUUUUUUGAGCAUAGUAAUGAUGAUAUUACCUAACACACUUACUACUCAA